AUAAAUCGCUAGGAAAUACACACCUCGUGGGCGCACUGAAUAACAGGCUCAGGCACUCGGGCACCAAUCAUCACAUUGGGAAUCAGAGAGGUCACCCAAUAUUGAACUCAGAUGCACAAGCGUGCAGUAGUUGCAGCGAGCCGGUGGCUUGACGAUGCUGCGAUCGGGGUGUUCGCUGUGCAUUGUGACUGUCGCAAUCGACUCGAAUGGCGAGCGUGUGCUUUCGUCCCGUUGUGCUUUCGUCGUCGGUGUCUCGCCGCACGUGGCGGCACCAGUGCGCUCAAGCAUCUUGCGUAGAGUGUGUCAGGGACCACGCGCCAGGCUGCUGCCUUUUGGACGUCGCGAGACUCGCGACGACCAGCAUUCGGAGCGCCGUGUGCAAGCUCGCGUCAUGUACAAGGAAGACCCAGUGCCCCUUGAUCCCGGCCAUCCUGAGCUGGUCAACCUCAAGAACCAGGCCGACUUUAAGAAGGUGGUCAGCGGUGCGGCGUUCGCGGCGCAGCUAGGCCUCACUGGCCUGUCCGCCGCGGCGCUCUACUUCUCCUUCGCAGCUCACCCCGCCACCGCCGGCCCCACCUGGCACCGCCUCUUCACCACCGUGGGCAUCGCCAUUGGCUUCAUGACCUUGUGGUUCAGCCACGUGUUCAUCGGCAGCGCCACCAAGAUGCAGGGCGGCGAGCCGGUGAGCCCCAGCUGGAUCAGUGGCAACCUGCUGCGCUGCAUGGUGUUCAACAUCACCGCCAUCGUGCUGCUGGCAGUGGGCCUGCAGGCGUCCGUAGGCGCCCUGGGCUUCCAGUCGCUGGCCAUCAACGCGGCCGGCCCCGGCAGCGCCGCCGCCACAGCCGUCGCGGUGGUGGGCGUGGACGUCCUCUCGCUGCAGGCCAUCACCACCUGCCUGCUGUCGCAUGCGGUGUCGCUGGCGCACCUCAACACCAUCUUCCGCAUGGUGCGCGCCGCGCGCUACCCCCGCGGCGGCGUGGUGAUGGGCUCCAUGGACGGCAUGGCGCUCAAGUCCGUGGACGGCCCUUAGGAGAGCGGGCUGGCCAGCUGGCGACUGGCGGCGGCUGCAACGGCUGUAGCGGCUGUAGCAGCAGCAGCACUUGCGGGGGGGGUUGCAGGGGUGCCUGGCAGGCGGCCGCGACGGAGCAUGCUUGUGCGGCUGCGUUUUGACAUCGAAUCGCCCACGUGAGAAUGAAUCACCCAACGGGAACUGUCUUGCCUCCGCGGAGACGCCCGUAUUGAAAAGCAUAUGGGAAUGUGGUUGCAUGCCUGACAAUCCUCGUCACAGUAUCGGUAUAGUAAAAUAAGGGGGCGUCAACAGAAGCAUACGACACAUGAGCGCAUGUUAUGAACGACGCGGCAUGGUAAUGCGGUCGGCUUUCGUCACGGUUCCUCGAAUAAAGUGCUUUCCCUCGGUGUGGCGUCCGACGUAUGGCAUACGUCGGACACCACACCAAAUUUCCUGGCGGAGCAAGCUUUGGUGUACGGCAGCACUACAUGCCGUACUGCUGUACUUUCGGACUUCCGGCAUUUGCAUGAGAUGCCGGCUAAUUGUGUGCGACUGUGUGGUUGGAGAGGCGCUGUGAUAGCCCAGCAUACCUGACAUGUAAGAUGAUGGAUAA